UCGGCUGGCUUCCUCCGGGAUCUCUAGGAGCCACCCGCCGCUCCACGCCCUCCACCCGGAAGCCCACCGCCCCUCGAGGAUGCAUUACCUAGUGCCACGGUCACAGUCACCGUCACAGGCGCCCUCAACCCCACCCCGGCCUGCCGGCGCUCCCUCUCCCUGCUUCACCCGCACCUGCCCACAAGCUCCCCGGGGCCGCGGGUGCGGACCACGGCGAAAUUCCACGCCCCGCGGGAGUGGAAGGGGCGGCGCGCCUCCGUGGCGCUCCCAGGCUGAUGUCCCAGACUGCCUUGUUAGCCAAGAAGCAUGGAGGUAAUUCACGGCAGGCCCUACUGUUGCAGGGAGCUUGAAGGAGCUGACAUUCUGUCAAACACCUUUUACUCUAACGAAUUGCACACUCCACUACAAACAGCUACUCGCCCAACUGCCUCAGGGGACAGAUAUCAGGAGUUAAGGGAGUCACUCCGACAAUGUAGGCUUCCAUGGGGCGCUGAAAGGGAAUAUGGUGGAAUGAUGCCGAUUUCACUCCCUGAGGAACACAGACCAAAAUGCGAACCUCCUCGUGUCAUGGGCAAAGGACAUCAGCAUUAUGGAUUUGGUGGAGAAACCUGGCCAAGAAAGCUUCCUAUUGAACAAUUCUAUUAUUUGACACAGAACAAAAAAAGUGACAUCUAUGGAAAUGAUUCUUUGAUGCCCAAACCACCUAAUUCAACAGUAGAAGAAAUCUGUUUGCCGUAUACAAUUGAACACCCCUACCAUACACACAUCUCUCGUGGUGCCAUGUUCCCGACCUUUACGUCACCUAAGGAACUCUGCACUGGCAUUAAAGCCCGCAACCAACAGCUGUUUCCUCCCACUGUGCCAACCAAGGCCUAUGAUACAACAGUUUUGAAGACAAGAGGUAAUCCUUACAGAUAUGAACUGCUUGAUUUUCCCAUGGAUUCAAAGAAGAAAGCAUUGAGUUGGCCAGGUCAGGAUGUGUAUUAUGAUUUUCCUAAGUGUGUUGAGAAAAAUAAGCCAAUAUUCUACCCAAAACCUCCUAAAACCUUCGCACCUAAUACUUCUUUAAAUUCAUGGGCCUCUAUUAACUCUGCAAAAGAAGCCAACAUACAAAGAAAUCUUGAGAGGUCUCAUUGGAUCACUUCCUACACUAAUGAUUUUACAGGUCUGGGGCCCAUGAACCCCCUUGAACUGGACGAUUACCAUGAAAGGGAGGUAGCAGAGUUAACUGGACAGACAGGAUUUGACCCAGAACCUCAAGAAAAAUUCCAUCCUGUCUUAAAACCCCCCAGGCCUCUGGAAGGACGAAUUGCCCGAUUGAUUCAGAACCGACGUCCCCUGGAAGCUAUUGUCCAGCAAAGACCACCUUCCUGUCCAGAUUGUACUCCUAGAGUUCUGUGCAAUUUUCAUACCUUUGUACCCAGUUCUACAGAAAUGAUGGCACUUGGCAAUAACACACCAGCCGGUGUGACCCAUAAACAGCAAGAUAUCGAAGAGAAGAUUAAGGAAGAACAAAGCUUGCUGUCUACCUAUACGCUUCCGUCUUGUUACCCAACAAAAGAUCUGACUAGCAUUUAUGACAUAAAACCAUUUCCCAAAAUCACGGAUACUAAAAAGACAGAAGAUUUGUACUGGAGACAGCUGUCGUUAAUACCCCAACCCAUACCUUACUGUAAAUCAAAUGAUUACCUUGACUAUGGACAUUUUAAAUCUGAUAUACGUGAUCAGUAUAGUAUGUGUCAAAACCCUGUUAGCCUUGGUAAGCCUGGUAUUUUUCAGUGUAAACCAGACACGGAAGCUUUUGCUUUAGAACAUUUUUUAAGUAAGCCGGAAGAAGAACAGUUGGGCUUGAACAUGGAAAACAAUGAAGAAACAAGAUCUAUUCUGGGUUGGAUUCCUAGAGCUGGAGUGGCCAAACCUCACACCAAUCUGCUGGACCUUAAGAACUCUUUUUCAAAAACUGGUGCACAGAAACGUUUCCAUAAAUCAAUUCUGGAAGACCAUAGAGACCUCAGGGAUAAGGUGCAUUCAGGGAUGAAACACCAAUUCUAUGGCCAUAACUCCUACUAUUUCUAUAAUUGAAAUAUUCAUUCUUCCCUUUGCAACCCAGCCUCUUGCAAGAAAAGAAAAAAAUUUAACAGAAUUUUGUUCAUGUUGCCGGAUUCUGUUUUCUAGAUUAAGCCAUAAUGAUAUUGUUAAUGAGGUUUAUGUUUUCAGGAAUUUAAGUUAGGAUCUGGUCAGAGGAACCCAGAAAAGGUGAUGUUCUGACUUCUUGAAAAGUUUAACAAUUUGGGAAUAAAAUAUUAG